AGCAGACCCGAAGCCCCGCCUGAAUCAUCCCAGACUCAUAUCAAUUGAAACGCGAAAUCGGAAACAGAGACAAUGAGAACGACAAUUGCGUGUGAGAGAAGAUCCAAAGUCAAAUGCAGACACAAUGGCCAACCCCCUUGUGCAGGCUGCAUAAAGAGUGGUUAUACCGAGACUUGUGUUCUGAGUGGUCCAGUAUUGGGGCAAAGCUUAGGGUCUAAGAGGCCUGCUAAAAGACAGCGGCUGAGUGUUGAUCAGUCGCAAACAGAUAUCUUCGGAGAUGUUUGGCAAGAUAUCAAUCAAGCCUUUGAACAGACGUCACGAGCGCAAGUGAUAUCUGCUAUUAACUUGUUCAGGGCUCAGUUUCCUGAGUUUGGGUUUCUUCAUCCGGAUGAUCUUGAGUAUUGCGAAGAUGAACUCAGUAUAGUUCAGAAACUGCGACUUCUUGUCAUUGUUGCAGUGUCACACCGAUAUGCAGACUCUCGCACCGCAGAUAUCAACAACAAGAAUAUUCUGUUUAUAGCCAACGAGGUGCAGAAAAAGGUAACGAGUGGUCCGAGCCUAGCUCUUGUCCAGACCCUUCUCAUACUUUCGCUCUGCAACUGGGGAGACGGAGAUGGCUUCAAUGCAUGGAUGCACUGCGGCAUCGCUACAAGAAUGGCUCAAGGACUACUCAGCACUGGCUUCGCAAGUUGCGGCAAGAGAGAAACACUCUCGGAACUUGAGAAAAGAACAUUGUGGACUUGCUUCAAGAUGGAUAGACUGCUAAGUUGCGGAAAGAGACGACAGGCUAUGUUCCCUGAUGGAGACAUGCACUUCUCCCUACCGGUGAAUGACACCCAGUUCCUCUUUGGGCAGAGUCCACAAACAGCACCGGUAGAUGACAGUCUGAGAAGCUAUGGGCCAGAUGAUCAUCUUGUUCUUCUCAUUCAAGGUUUACGUAUCUGGUCAAGAGUUCAUACGUGGAUUGCUGAGGGCGGUAGAAGACAGCCUGGUAUGACUGAGCCAGAGCAGUGCCCGUUCAAUGAGACUUCGGAUUGGAGUAAGAUGAGGCAGGCUUUGAUCAAGUGGCGAGAGUCUCAGGAUGCGUUGAUGAAGUAUCCUGCUACGAAGGUAUCGGUGCAUGCUCAGCGAGGACAAGCCGAGAGGUUUGGAUACAUCAACUUGGUCUACUAUGUCAGUUUACUCUUUCUCUGCCGAGAAUUUAUCCCUUUCAGUCCGGUAGAUGAAGUCAAACCUCGCGGCCCCAUCGAACCACCACUCCUCAAAGCCCGAGGCCCCGAUUCAUUCUGGCUCCAAAAUGUCACCGAUCUAUACGACGCAGCAUCCCAAAUCUCCUCUCUCCUCUGCGAUCUCGAACACGUCGGUUGUCCCCUCCGCACCCCCUUCUCCGGCCUAUGCGCCUUCUCCUCUACACUAUGGAGUAUAUACGGCGCAGCGUUUCCAAACUUCAUGGGCUUCACGCCAAGUCAAACCUCGGACGCAGAUGCUCAAGCAGAAAGGACUGUGGCUGUUCUUGUGAGGAUAGGCAAGGUUUGGAGAUUGGCGGAGGAGUGGAUUGAUGUUCUUAACACGGCGAAGAGUAUCAUGACGAGAGUUAGUGAGGGGAGGAGGGUCAAGAGAUCGAGGUAUGAUUAUCCCGAGUUGGAGGAUUCUAUUCAUCUUGCGCCGUUGCAGGGCAUGCCGAGGCAGACGUUUGAUAGGCCGGCGGGUCUGGUCUCGGCGGAUGAUGGGCCGAAGUUGCAUCAGCUGGUGGCGGGUGAUGCUGAGCAGGGCGUGGAGACGGAUGGGCUUGGAUUUCUGGAGGAGACAAGUGGGAGUGAGUUUGUGGGCGAGGAUUGGUGGAGGUUACUGUCGUUUUGUGAUGAUCCGCAUCUUUUGUCGACGAGUAUGGAUAAUAUGGGUGAUGAAAACGUAGCUUAG